AUGGCCCUAUUGAGGAAACUGAACCGGGUUCUCAUGACACUGCUGAUUCUGGUGGUGUACGUCGUCCUGUACAGCAAAGUUCACAAAGCCCAGCCCCCAUCCGCAGAGGCGGAGGCAAAGGUUGAGGGUGAGACGGAAACGGUGGCGGAGGACGAAAUCCUGGUGGUCAUCUGUGCCUCCAAGGAGCGAAUGGGAGGAGCCAUGACAACCAUCAACAGCGUGCGCAGCAACACCGAGGCCAACGUCAUCUUCUACAUCGUCACCCUGCACGACGCCAUCACGUAUGCAAGACAAUACAUAGAGAAAUCCGAUCUGAAGGACAUCAAGUUUAAGAUCCUGGAGUUUAACCCUUUGGUUCUGAAAGGAAAGGUGAAAUCUGAUUCCACCCGACCCGAGCUGAUGCACCCACUUAACUUUGUUCGCUUCUAUCUGCCACUACUCGUUCUCAACCACAAGAAAGUCAUCUAUUUGGACGAUGAUGUCAUCGUGCAAGGAGACAUUCAGGAUCUGUAUAACAUCAAGCUGGAGCCAGGCCAUGCUGCUGCCUUCGCCACUGACUGCGACCUGCCUUCAGAGGUGGUGCGCAGUAUGGGCAUGCAGACAACAUACAUGGGCUACCUGGACUACCGGAAGCUGAAAGUGAGGAAGCUGGGGUUCAACCCCACCGAAUGCUCCUUCAAUCCUGGGGUCAUUGUGGCUGACAUCGAUGCUUGGAAACGGCAGAAGGUCACCAAACAGCUGGAGACGUGGAUGCAGGAUAACUUUAAGGACAAUCUGUACACCAAUGGCAUGGCAGGAGGUGUGGCCACCCCACCCAUGCUGCUCACCUUCUACCAGAAGUACACGGACAUCGACCCGCAGUGGCACGUCGGACAUCUGGGAUGGAGCCCUGACACCUGGUAUUCCGAGUCCUUCCUACAGGGCGCCAGCUUGCUGCAUUGGAAUGGCCGCUUCAAGCCCUGGGACUUCCCUUGUGUGCACAAAGAGCUAUGGGAAAGGUGGUACGUCCCGGACCCCACUGGAAAGUUCUCAUUGGUACGGCCCGACAGCUGA